GCAUGAUGCACGGUGCCUACCACCCUCUUGCCUUCCACCAGAUCCCGCCAAGGAUACAUAGGGGACCAUCCGUCCGCUGGAGCAGAGGCUGAAGGGUGGUUAUUCUGCAAGUUGGUCACUUGGGGGGUAAGCCAUCCCCACGGGCCAUGCUUCCUUCCCAGCUGUCCCUGAUGUGAGCUGUGGCUUUGCUGAGGCCAGCGCCAGGGAUGGACAACCUCACUGUGCCUGCGGGGGGGAAGAGCAACUGCACCUUCCAUGAAGAGUUCAAGCAGAUCCUGCUGCCCGUGGUGUAUUCGGUGGUCUUCGUGGUGGGGCUCCCUCUCAACCUGGUCGUCAUCGGGCAGAUCUGGGUGUCCCGGAAGGCGCUGACCCGCACCACCAUCUACAUGCUGAAUCUGGCCACGGCCGACCUGCUGUACGUGUGCUCGCUGCCCCUCCUCAUCUACAACUACACGCAGAAGGACUACUGGCCCUUCGGCGACUUCACCUGCAAGUUCGUGCGUUUCCAGUUCUACACCAACCUGCACGGCAGCAUCAUGUUCCUCACCUGCAUCAGCAUCCAGCGCUACAUGGGCAUCUGCCACCCACUCUCCACCUGGCACAAGAAGCGAGGCAAGAAGUUCACCUGGCUGGUGUGUGGCGUGGUGUGGCUCAUCGUGGUGGCCCUGUGCUUGCCCACCUUCGUCUUCGCCUCCACGGGCACCCAGAGGAACCGGACCGUGUGCUACGACCUGAGCCCGCCCGACCGCUCGGCCAGCUACUUCCCUUACGGCAUCGCGCUGACAGCCAUGGGCUUCCUCAUGCCCUUCACCUCCAUCCUGGCGUGCUACUGCAGCAUGACACGGAUCUUGUGCCAGAAGGAUGAGAUGAUCGGGCUGGCCGUGCGGCAGAAGAAGGACAAAGCUAUCCGCAUGAUCAUCAUCGUGGUCAUCGUCUUUGCCAUCAGCUUCUUCCCCUUCCACCUCACCAAGACCAUCUACCUGAUCGUCCGCUCCUCCCCCAGCGUGGACUGUGAGGUCCUGCAGGCCUUUGCCAUCCCCUACAAGUGCACCCGCCCCUUUGCCAGCAUGAACAGUGUCCUGGACCCCAUCCUCUUCUACUUCACCCAGCGCAAGUUUCGCGAGAGCACCCGGUACCUGCUGGACAAGAUGAGCUCCAAGUGGCGGCACGACCGGUGCAUCACCUACGGGUCCUAGGCGCCAAGGAGAGGGGAUAACUCAGAGGUCAAGAGGUUGUGGCUUCCAGGAGCCUGCAACGCCCAGCCACAGGGAGGGAAAGCAAGAGGCAAGGGCUGAUUCUCCUGGGUGCAAGGCUGGUAGCCGGGGGCUUCUGAACUCUAAUUGCUGCUAUCACCUCAAUUCCCUCUCUGGCCACUUGUGCCUCAGUUUCCCCACCUGGGACAUGCAAAGCAUGCCUCUGUAUGGAAUAGGUGAUCCCCUAUUGACCUGCCUUGUGGGGAGCGGGGUGGAGAGAGGAUCUGGAUAAGGCUGUGAUGAUGGAGAGCGCCAGGAGCAGUUGGCUGUUGGUAUCCAACGUGCAACGUGAGCUAAAAGAGGCCCCUUGGGACAUGAAGGGAAGCAUGGCCAGGACUGUGCAUGGCAUGACAAGGGGUUCAAAGGCAGUAUUUGGGUCUACGACUCUCUCUCCACAAUGCACUGCAGCCCUGGGGCCCCUGCUGCGCGCAGUAGAUGGGCUGCUCAGUAUUAGCCCCCAGCCUCUGAGGGACUGGUGGGUCCAUCCCUGUGACCUCUGGAAGGCCGGCACCCACAUGCGGGGCUGGGGUUGUGAACCCUGCCAUGAACCAGGAGGAUGAUCGUGGUCAGGGUGGGUCCGAUGCGUUGGGCCCAAUGAGUUUUGUUCUCAGCGAAGCAUUCAACCAGCUUGGAAGCCGGGUGUUUUGCAAGCCACUCUGGGCUUCACAGAGGUGCUCCAGCUUGCCCUGCAAACCGUCAGCUGCUUUACAAUGACAUAUGCACCAUGGGACAACUCCUUGGUUGUUUCUUCCCCGUGUCAAUGCCUGAUCCCUCUCAGUACUCAGCACCUGGUGAUGGGGGAGAUGGGCAAGGAGUAUUGUGGGCCUGGUUGGUGACCCCGCCAGUACAUCACUAACUCAUCUCAGCUUUCCUGAGCAGAACAUUGACUUAUAGACCCAAUGAAAACUUACAGCAAGAGGUCUCCUCAGAUCUCGGGAGUCUACUAAAGCAUUGGGAAGGCAGGAAAAGGAAGACUCUGAUGGGAGAAUAUUCAGUUUUAUUGAUGGAGAACAAUGAGGUCAAAAAGGAAACUGCCCAUUCAGAUCUCACUCUCUUGUAUUCUGCUCUGUUCUAUUUAAGCCCGUUACAAUAUGGUUUUCCUAAGUUUCUAAUGUUUUAUUAGCUACCUGGGCAGUUCUGGAAGGGGCCUGAGGUACCUGAUAUUAUUGGUAUUUCUACCACCCUCCACAGGGGGUUUUAAUUUAUUGAUUUCACAGGAACUAGAACCCAGCAUUGGGUUUGUCUUUUUUUUUUUAAAAAAAAAGAGUUCCCAAAAUGUUUGCAAUUCCUUUUUUGGCAUGUACAAGCAUAGCAUGUAUCCAUGGCCCCCCUAGUGGCUGUUCGUGGCAACGAUAAGUCUGCUUUUUAGCUUUGCUCGUUGGCUUGUAAUACUCGGUUGUGCACUGAGUUAGCACAGGUACAUCUGCGGGUUGCUUUGGCCUGCUGGAGCUCUGUUUUGAUACUUGGAUACUGAAGAGCAUUUAAUUAUAGGGGAGGAUGGAAGGAGAAGGGAGCACAUCUGCCCAGAUGCAAUGGAGCAUGGUUGCAGAGGAAUUGGCUAGGGGUCAGUGGAUUUGGGUAGCUCACAGCAGAGAUGAAUGUGGCCCUUUACGGAUGUCACUUCUCCAUCACCCCCUGAGGCUACAUUGAACAUCAGUGUUAAAGUUGAUGAAGAUAUACAGAUCCCCCUAUUCUGUCAAGUCAGCUCUGUCCAUCCUACCAGGUCUUAAUCAUAGAAAUCACAGAGAAGUCAGGCUGGAAGAGACUUGCAGAGGUCAUCUAGUCCAAGCCCUUGCCUGAGGUAGGAUCAUCCCUAUCCACACCAGCCUAUACAAAUCCAUAACCUAAACUCUUUGUAAAACUACCAUCAGCUCUGACACAACACAGACAUCACACCCGACCCAGCCCCAGGUAAAGCAGGGGAACCAUGGCAGCCAAUGUCCUGCUUCUAUAAAAGUUAAUAUACCGUGUCACCCCCAGUGCUCCUACCAUAGCUGCUGGUUUUGGCCAGUCCUCCCAGGGUGGAACUGGGGACAUCCUAGGCUGAUCACGGGAGCUGCUGCUGCAUAAGUGGAGGGGCACAGGCAGUGCUUAUGCCCCAUGCAGCAUAAGUAAUAUGCCCCAAGCAGCAAUAAAAGAUCAGACAGCCACUGGGGGGGAGCCAGACUGCAGCCCAGGUCAUUCCCAUGCCCCCCUGCCUCCCUUCCUCCCUGCUGCACGUUAUACUCACUUAAGCCUCUGCCCUUGCAUUACAGUACGGACACAAUAUAAUAUGAAUAAUUGAAUAAUGAAUAACACAUACAUCCAGACCUUCCAGGCUGUAGCAGCGCAUUCAGGGAAGGCUACCUUAUAAUGCCUCAGCAGGUCAUAGAGUGCCUAGGGGGCCUGCACAGAGAGGCGUACCAGCAGCAAGGGUGGGCAAUGGAUUCUGGGAUGUCCUGUGGCUCACAGAGCUGGACGCCAGCUCGAUUUCCCCAAGCCGGUCCCUCAGGGGCAGGGUGGUGGGAACAUGGGCACUGCAAAAGGACUGUUGUGUGGAGGCGUUUACAGGGGAACAGCCGCAGGCCAAGCAAGGACUCCAGCAGGGUGAACCCGCUACCUGGGUCACUCGGCAGUGUGAUAUGCUGUGCAGGACACAGGUGGCCAUGCCACGCCUCCCCCAGCUCCCACCAACUCACCUGCCUGCUAGGGUGGAGGCUGCUCUACUUAACCAGUGACCCAAGUACCCUCCCCAGCUCUGCCACUGACCUGCUGGGUGACCUUGGUCAUGUCCCUCCCCACUCUGCCUCCAGUUCCCAUCCCACCACACCUUUUCCAAGUCUUCUUUGCCUUGACUGAGGCCUUGUUGCACCUGUCCUGGUGUCAUGCUCCCUCCUACAGCACAGCUGGAGUACACAUCACAGCAGUCAAUGCUGGGGCUGGGGAAAGGGCCUGGAAAGGAGACUGGUGGACAUGUAGCCAUCAUUUCAGACUCUCCAGGCAGGCUUCUCCCUAGACACAGCUCAUGCUCUGCUCACAAACAGCCUCUAACGCACCAAGCUGACAGCACAGGAGCAGUCAGUGGAGCUGGGACACUGAGCUGACUGGGGGGAUCAUCCUGGCACAGGGUGGUCGGUGGGGUUGGUGGGUUGGCAGUGCUCAUGCCACUCAGUUAACCAAGAGGCAGCAUGAAGAGCCUCACGUCCAACCGCGUGUUCAAGCUGUCACAUGGUUUUCCAACCCUGGGGCUCAUCACCUUUCAGCAGCUGUGCAGCAAAGCUGGGCUUUCUUCCACUGGUGGCAACCCAGGGGAACCCAGCGAUGCCAACUCAAAGCUCCUGGCAUGAAUGGAGUUGCAUCAGGGAGCAUUGAAGGGGCUAAUACCUCUGAGACUCAGGCGAGCUGCAGCGAGCGGGUCCUGCCAGCUGGAAUUUUGACAGCAGCCACAGCCCCAAAGCGGGUGAGAAAACCUUAUGGUGAGGUCAAUUUAAUAGGGCUGUUCAAGUCUGGAAGGUCGGGGCUGAGACCAAACCCAUCCCCACCCCAUCCCUGCUUGCUUCCUCCUUCUGAAGCAUUUCAUCAUAACCAAGCCUCUUGGUUUUGCAGGGGGCACGUCCGAACCAAAGCACGUAGUGAAACACCGUGAAGGUCACCGAACAAUUCAGGGCCCCCCCGCACAGCUCCACGCUGAGACUGCGGCACGGAGCAAAGUGGAUGCAAGGCAGGAAGCUGGCCUGGGGCUGUAGGGAGGAGGGCUGGGCUGGGCUGAGCCAGCGUGGGGUCUGAGAAAGGCGUGUGACCCUCUUGGAGGACGGAUAAGCAGAUGGCGUUACUCUUAAGCAGAUGCACAUGGGGAAGUUGGUUUCCCCCUGUUUUGGCUAUUGCACCAAGGGUGGAUUCAUUUUUCCACGUUCCACGGUACAUCGCUCGGUUCCCCAGACCCAGAGCAGAGCAGCCCUCACUGAGCGGGCUGCAGAUUCCCCACCCCCUGGGCACCGUUCUCCCGUGGGGAGUUUAUCGAGCUCAUCUAGGCUCCCUUUUUUAAGAAAUCAUGGAGGGGAGGAGGAGUACAGCGGAUACAAUCUAGCCCUGCCAGACAGUGAGCCUUAGAGAUCUGGAGUUUGUCAAAUAGGUUGAGGGCACAGGCAGCCAAACAUAUGUUCUAGUGACCCGGACAUUGCUUGUGCUCACCAAGAUAAAACUCUGGGAGCGGGAACAAUGAGAUGCAUAGCUAUUCUGAGACAGCUUCUACAGUCGGUGGCUAUUAUGGUACUAGAUGGUGGAGAAGUACAUAAAGAACUUGGUUGUUUGGAGCAGCUGGUUACCCCGGGAUAGACAUGGACAGACCAACCCUAACCUGGUUUAACUUGCACUGGAAAAGUUUUACCUGUGAUUCUUUCAGGGUGACUCUUCAGGGGAUUGUGCACAAUUGUGCAGACACUUUAGGGGUCUGCACUGUGUCUGCUUCCUUUGCUGGUGUAACACUGACUGCUGCGGUGUAAGUGUUUCAUCUGUCCACUCUCUUUAACUGGACUUCUGACCCGGAAUAAAUUUGUCAUGCUCGGUCCAAAGCUGUCUGAAAUCAGCGGGAAUCUUUUCCUUUGACUUUAAGGGGGUUCAGAUGGAGCCCACGUGGAACAACAAAAUGCAGCUUUGGGGGUUUAAGCCUCUCUCUACAGCAUCAAGGACUGGGGAGUGCUAGAGAGCAGUCACCAGAUCGGAUGGGUGCUUGGACUUUCCCAGUUGGCAAUGGGCCUUAGCUGCAAAUGUCAUGGCCUGUGACUCCGGGCCCCUCUCUGCUGCUGCCAAGUGAUUGCAUUUUCUGCGGCUGUGGCUGCUGCCGCCUUUUCAGUGUCACCCCCAGAGCUGUUGCCGCGCACAAUAACAGCAGUAUUAUUCGGUACCUCCGGCCCUGCUGUGGCUGUGGUCUGGGUGCUGGAGGCACUUUCAGGUACUGAGGGAAUCGCUGGGUGCACGGGGUUGUAUUUCAUGGGUCUCUGGUGACCCGUUCAUCUCUCAUGUUGACUGCAAGAUGCCCACUGCACCAUCCCCACAGAUGGGUAUCUCAGUGGCUCUGUCGCCCCUAGUCACUUUGCUGGCCCUGUGUGGAUGGCAGAGGCAUAAGUCAAUGCCUGCUUGUAAGAUACCAUAUUGUAGCCCUGAGAGGUGAUAAAUUAUUGUCUUGCCCUUGGAAAUCACAAUAAAAUGGAAGAUGC